AUGGCCAUGUGUGCCUUGGCCUCUGCGCGGGCUCGUGACGGAGCCCUGUAUUCAAAGCGCUGGUGUCCCUCGCAACUAGCAAAUCCUCCCUCCGAGGUCUUUUGCGCUGCGGCAAAGGAAUCCAUCCCGCGAGACCUGGCCGCAGCAAAGGGUACGGAAUACCUGAGGACAUGUGCCAUUCUUAGCAUUGCCGGCAUCCAGAAUGGACAAAUCCAGGACAUGCAACAAUAUGCGGGGAUCUACCAUACACUGAGUGCAAUGGAAGGGCUGCAUGACGAGAAGCUAUGGCCCAAAGACCUGAGUCCCGUUGAGGUUGAGGUCCGGAGAAGGAUGUUCUGGUCCAUAUAUACCUUAGAUGUCUAUUCCUCCAUUGUAUGGGGCGGAGUCAUCCGCUACCGAGAAGCGCAGUCUAAUGUACAGUAUCCGAGUGAGGAGGAUGACGAUUUCAUCCCCAACAUGUCGUCCCUUCAGAGGGAUCUUAACGAUGCUUACGGCGGAAAAGGACAGCCGAGUCAGUGGAUGCGUGGCUGGAACUUCACCACCGACCUUUAUCGAAUACUGGAGCAUGCCGUCGAUUGCCAACGGUGGCGGUCGCCUUCAAACACUGAUGGGAAGACCGGAAUCUGGUCAUUAUUCCGUCCAGCCCCAAUGGCCGCAGCCUCUGUCAUGGACCACGUUCUUUCCAUGUACUCUUCUCUGCCGGCGCAGUUUCGCGAGACUCCGCCAGUCACUGGUGACCCCGCUCAGGAUAUCGUAGGCUUCCAGUCCGCUAACAUUCAAGCAACUCUGCAACUGCUGCGCAUGGUCCUAUUCGCAAACGAAGACCCAGGGGCGGAUGGCAAAUGUGACGUCGCAGGGCAAGUCCUGAGCGUCUUUUCCAAAGUGCCUGUCGAAUAUCUGAAAGCUAUCAGUUCUCCUUUGCUGCAUCAUCUGGGCGGAAUUGGCUAUAUCCUUGGAUCGGCCAUGGAAGGAAGUCUCUCUGAGAGAUCUUAUAGACGAGUCCGUACGCUCCUAUUGGAAAUGGCCCAGCUUUUGCAUCGGUUGGAGUCAGGCCUGCGACGGUCCACUGGUGCCAGUGAACGACUCAAAGCGCAGGUAGGUCGCAUAGACGAGUACAUGCGCAUGCAAGCAUCGUCGACUAUGUCUACCCGAAGGUCAUCCUUUAACCCCGACCAUAUGCCGUCGGAAGAUCAUCAAGACAGCAUGGCGUCCAUACAUGCACCUCUAACCGGGUUUGAGGACCCGCUCACUCAGUUCCAGCUGCCGCCAGAAUUACUGGAUGACUGGCCGUGGUCAUUCGAUACAAGUCCGCCCGAGGGAGUGUUUCCAAUGCCGUUCAUUAAGUGA